UGGUGGGGGCCUGCGCGCCCCCAGCCUGGCUGCAGCGCGUGACGCGGGGGCGCGCUGCGGCUCGGAAGCGUACAGGCGGCGGCGGGCGAGCGAGUGGCAUGGCGGCUGCGACAACGACCACCGGGCUUGAGACGCCAGAGCCCAUGCCUAGCUACGCGCAGAUGUUGCAACGAAGCUGGGCCUCGGUGCUAGCGGCUGCACGGGGCUGCGGGGACUGCGGCUGGGGACUCGCGCUUCGCGGCCUGGCGGAGCACGCGCACCUGGCCGCCCCGGAGCUGCUCCUGGCCGCGCUGUGCGCUCUGGGCUGGACCGCACUGCGCUCCGUGGCCACCGCGCGCCUCUUUCGGCCCCUGGCCAAGCGGUGUCAUCUGCAGCCUCGAGAUGCUGCCAGGUUACCUGAGAGCGCCUGGAAGCUUCUUUUCUACUUGGGCUGUUGGAGCUACUGUGCCUACCUGCUCCUGGGUGCCCAUUAUCCUUUCUUCCAUGACCCACCCUCUGUCUUCCACGACUGGAGGUCGGGCAUGGCAGUGCCCUGGGACAUAGCCACCGCCUACCUGCUGCAGGGGAGCUUCUACUGCCAUUCCAUCUACGCCACCGUGUACAUGGACACCUGGCGCAAGGACUCCGUGGUCAUGCUGGUGCAUCAUGUGGUCACCCUGCUUCUCAUUGCCUCUUCCUACGCCUUCCGGUACCACAAUGUAGGCCUCCUCGUGUUCUUCCUGCAUGACGUUAGCGACGUGCAGCUGGAGUUCACCAAGCUCAACAUCUACUUCAAAGCCAGGGGUGGUGCCUACCACCGCUUGCACGGACUGGUGGCCAACCUGGGUUGCCUCAGCUUCUGCUUCUGCUGGUUCUGGUUCCGCCUCUACUGGUUCCCGCUUAAGGUUCUGUAUGUCACCUGCCACUCCAGCCUGCGGUCGGUACCUGACAUCCCAUACUAUUUCUUCUUCAACACACUGCUGCUGCUCCUCACGGUCAUGAACAUCUACUGGUUCCUGUACAUCGUGGCUUUCGUAGCCAAGGUGCUAACUGGCCAGAUGCGUGAACUGGAGGACUUGAGGGAAUAUGACACGCUGGAAGCUCAGCCUGCCGAGCCCUGCAAAGCUGAGAAGCCACUGAGGAAUGGCCUGGUGAAGGACAAGCUCUUCUGAGUCUCUGUCCUCAAUUCUGCCACCCAGGACUCCCUCCCGUCCUACCUGGGAGACUGACCCCGCCCCUGGAGACUCCGCCCAGUGCCUGGAGAUCUGCUCCCAAACUUGGGGAGCUGGCCCCGCCUUUGGAGGCAAGGCCUUGCUCCCAGGACCCCGGCCCCACCCUAAAAUGCAGGAUGAGAUUCUCCUCCAGGGACCCCGGCCGCCAGCAGCUCUGCCCUCCAGGUCAACUCUAGACCACCCACCUUGGGGCCGCCGCCCAGUCCUGCCCUCCAGAACAGUGGGGUUCAGACACGCCCCCUCUAGGACCGCAAAGGCCCCCAGACCUGCGGCCACCAGCCCACUAGUCCCGGACGCAGUGGACCCCGCUGACUCU